AGCGGAAUUAGCCCAAAAGGGUGGCCUGGGUCCGACCGGCUUUCCCUUGCGUCAGAGGCAACAUGGCGGUCGGCAACGAGAACGAAACCCUGGACCAUGAAAUCGUCGAAGAAACGAUGAGUGACCCAGAUCCUGAAGAAGAGAAUGAGGAGGAGGAAGAAGAGGAGGAGGAAGAUCUGGUAGAUCCAAUGGAUGCUAUUCGUGAGUCAUGUGAAGAGAAACCUGAAUGCUCCAAACUGAAGCUGGAGUUGUCCAAUUGCGAAGAGCGAGUGAACUCUAAGUCAAGCACAACAGAAACCUGUGCUCAAGAACUACUUGACUUCAUGCACUGUAGGGACCACUGUGUUUCCAAGUCAUUGUUUAACAAGUUAAAGUAAUUGCCUAGCUUAAUCAGCGUGGUGGAAGAGAGCAUGUCAACCUCCAUUUGAGGGAUUUAGUUGUAAUUCUUUCUCUCUGACUUAAUGGUGUGGACUGAGUUGUUGCAAAAUAGGUCAACGAAAGUGACUGUGAAUCAUAGCUUUGUAGUCAUUUUCAAUCUGAUCUUUGCAAUUUUAUUGUAAAAGGAAUAUAACUCUCAAUAAAUUUAAUAUCCACUUUUA